AUAUUUAUAAUCGAGAUUUGCAAGUGCGAUUAUUCUCUUUACAUACGAAGAGCGCAUGGAUACGCACUUAAAAUGUUAUCGCUGUUAAUCCUGCUUGGUUCGCUGUCAUACAGUAGUGGCGCUGGAAUAGUAAAUCAUUUACAGCUCGGCCGCAUACACAAUAGACUCCCAAUAUAUCACCCAGGGUAUGGAGUAACUACAAUGAUGCCUAUGACGACGACCACGGCACCUCCAGCAAGCAUGCCCAUCAGUGAUGAAGACGACUUCUUUGCAGCUGAAAUCGGUGUCAGACUUCCGCCAAAAGAAUGCGUUAUUUCAUAUGACCAGUUUGUUGAACAUGUUGUUGAGAUGGACUGGCACUCCCCGUACUCUAUUGACAAUGACUAUCCGAUUAACAAAGGGGUAGCAUUUAAGUUCAGCGUUGUCUUUUCCUUAGUCAACUCCACACACAUUCGGAGGAGAGGAAGUUUGUGGGACGACUUUGAAAUGAGAUGUUUGUUUGCGGACGGUGAAUUCGUACGUGUUGAUAAUGAAAAGGCAAUUUUUGCCUCGGCUGGAGGCAAUCUCUUCGCGACAUCAGGCAGAGUUGAUUACUUUGUUAGUUUUGAUCCAUCGAGAUACGUCAUCUUUUACAUCUGUUACGACACGAACAAAAGUAUAAGGGGAAGAUGUCCAAACUCAGAGAUCUUACUAUUGCUCAAGGAUCAAAGAGAAACACAGAUUGGCGACGAUGGUAUCAGAAGAGGUGACAUAAUUCUUAAUGAUAUCCAUUGGACGCUGAUUGAAGAAACUUUCAAAAACUGUCUUGGACAACAGUUUGUGGAUGAAACGGAACCACAAAUCAGCUGGGUCUGGGACAAAGAUGAUUGUCCGAAACCACUCACACGACAGUUUGAAGAAGGAACCAUGAUGUAAUUGAGUUUUGAACCAACACUUAAAUAAUUUUGUAUUCGCACAAUUAAUUUCUGUAGUCAGAAACUUAACAACAGCACUACAUCUCAGCUUGUCAUUCUUACCUUUUGAGUUUCGAUCAUCGUAAAGUCAAAUUUUGUAUAGCAUUUUACCUUGACUAAGAACGAAUAAAAUUCAAACACA